AUGAUCUACAUACAGCACAUCGUUGUUCACGGAUCCCACAUUCCCAAUGUGGAAGAGUCUGGCUGGCACAUUAACGGCGCUGGCUUCCACACCAAUGAGAAGUUUGGAUUUGGGAUGCUGGAUGCCGGCAAGAUGGUAGAGCUGGCUCUGACUUGGAGACUAGUCGGACCUCAGCAGACGUACUCGACCACAACGUCAAGAUAUCAUAAAUCAAUCCUUCAAGGAAUGUCCACCGUCGUCUACAUAGAUAUAAAUUGCCCCAUCACCAAACUGGAGCACACCAUCGCGAAAAUCUCCUACCAAGCCCCCCGCCGUGGCGACGUCUCCCUGACGAUCUGGUCCCCGCAGGGCACCCCUCCGAGCUCCUCUCGACCCCUUCCUGAUAUUCCGAGGGGAAGUAGUAAGGUGGCUCGAUUCACCAGCUUCCAGCUGGUGUUGUACGGGACUAAUGAUGAUGCUGACCUGACAACAACUAACGAGGAAAACCCAGCCGUGAACCCUGAUCUUUCAGGACAUAUUGAAGACAACGUGGUCGUUGACCUUUAUAACAAAGAGCAGCUAGAUGAUGAAGAGAUUGUUAUUGACAAGGAUAAUUUAGCCAAAGGAGUAGAAGAACCUCCAAAUACAAAACACAACUUGGACGAUGAGAAGGAUAUCGACAGUGGAGAAUUUGACGGGAUCUUGAAGGAUCCUCAGGUUCGAGCUCUAUACAUAAGCAAGAGAGCCGAGAUGAGGCGAAGGUUCGAAGAGCGAAAGGAGACGAGGAGGAACGAGUUUGACGACCUGAUGACCAAUAGGGGCCAAGAGGAGAGAUCACAUGAUCAAGAGAUCAGGUCACAUGGUCAGGUGAGGUCACAUGAGCUGGAUGAGUUGAGGAAGGAUACGAUUAAGGAAUCGCAACGACUACUGAAGGAAAGAGAUAUACGAUACUAGAUUUUAAUGGAAUGGGGAACUUUGGGACACUACAGACACCAGGUCAUCUUUUUUCCCUUGGUUUUUCUUUUACUUUGUUCUGAGUAUGCCCACAAUUUUUUAGAACUAUAAUUGUCUACUGCCACUUAGUCCAACCAACUGACGUAUUGACUUUGAAGAUGACCUGUCGUCGUUUUCACUAAACUCUUCCUAACUUAGGAUUAAUCCUAGGACUUCGGACGAAUUAAGUUCGGCAUCCAUAGAUGAUUUGACACAUUGAACCCAUUCUAAGUUAGGACGAGUUACUCGUCCUAACUCGCGAUUAAUCUUUGUACUUCGAGCCUAGAGCGGCUGCAAAUGGCUGC